UCCCCUCCCCUGAAGGCGGGGCGGCGGAAUGGCGGCGCUUGUGGUGUUCCCGUCUCUGCCUCGCAUUCGCGCUCUCCUUCAGCGCUGCUGGGGCCGUCUGGAGCGCGGCCUCUUGCCGGGUCUCUCCGGGGGUCAGAACCCUCCUUGGGGACCAGCGCUAGCUGUCCAAGCUCCCGCUUUUCUUCCACAGCCAGCAAACGACACAAGCGAGAGUAAUGAGGCACCAAGCUUGUUAGAUAGCAUCUUGUGGAUGGCGGCGCCAAAGAAAAGACGCACCAUAGAAGUGAACCGCUGCAGGCGAAGAAAUCCCAAUAAGCUUAUAAAAGUAAAGAGAAACAUAGAUGUUUGUCCUGAGUGUGGAAACUUGAAACAGAAACAUGUCCUUUGUGGCUAUUGUUAUAAAAAGGUCAAAGCAGAAACUCAUCUGAUACGUCUGGAAAUACGGAAAAAGGAAGGAGGACCAUUUAAUACUCCAACUGUAGAGACUGUUGUCCUUUAUGAUGGAGAGAAGCCCACAGAGAAAGAUGAAGGCAAGCGGAUCAUUGAAAGGGCCAGGAAGCGCCCGUCUUGGUUUGUUCAAAAUUGAUGCUGUUGAACUAAAGCUAAACCAAAGCAGUUGCUACAGCAAGAAAAAUCAUAGUUUUCAAGAAAGUUUUCUUUGUUUUGUUCGCCCAGUGAUGUUACAGGAAACCUGGGAACUUUGGGAAGCCUGUUUGAAUUUGGUGUCAUGCCAUAUGGUGGGUCAGUCAUGUGUUGUUUCUGUAGCAUGCAUUAGGAAAUGCUUUUCAGUGAUACAUCAUAGCAGUCAAAAAUUAAAGAGAAAUCAGGAUCUACCUUGGGUUUGGACAUCUACGUACAGUAUACUUAGAAUUUGUAUGCUAGAGUUCUGUGCUCUUUCUUUAAAUAACAUUCUUUUUAACAAAGGAAAAACAUUCACAGAUGUAAAAUAAAAUACAUUAAGUUUCCCUGGGAAACCUGCAUUCUGUUUUUGAGUUCUGCUCUUUCAGAGGUAAAAAAAAAAAAGAAGGGAGAAAGAAAGCUCAAAGCCAAUGUUGAUUAGAUAAAAGAGAUAUUAGAAGGAGAUACAUUAUUUGAUUAUUUCUUUGGCUCUUAACAGUAUCUGCCUGGAUCUUUCCACAGUUCUACUGUUUGAGAUACUCUGUGAUAUUCCCGAUUUUGAGUAAAAUACUGCUAUGUAGUAUUUUUGCUUUUUCUGUGCCUGA